AUGAAUGCACAGAAGGCACGCGUUGCAUGUAUGUCAAAUAAGUUUAAAAACAUAAGAGAAAUAGGUGAGGAUACAUAUCAAGUGAUGCUUAAAGAUAGAUUUUAUAGAUGUGAUACAUGUUUACAAGAGGCAUUCUUCACUUUAGAUAAUGCUAAAUACUGGUAUUUGGUUUUCAUUUAUGAUUUUAUGUAUAAAUGCAUGAAUGUUAAUCGUUUUCAUUUCAUUGAAGGUGAUACUGAUUCAUCUUAUUGGGCUAUUGCUGGCGAUCCAAGUCUUCCUAACACUCAAGCAUUUCAAGCAAUUGUUACUGAUAAACAAUUUUAUGAUAAAAACAUUUUCAAAUUCGCACCUUUUGAUUUCUUCUGUUUUGAUGAGAAAUUUAAACCUAAAUUAAAGAAUAAAGCUGAAGAAAAAGCACAUGAGAAAAAAUUAUUGGGUUUAGCAAUUGAGAAACAAGGUGAUAACAUGGUUGCUUUAUGCCCUAAGUGUUAUACAUCAUUCAACGGUUCAAUUGAUGGAAGUGAUUUUAAAAAGAUUGCACAAAAAAUGAAAGGUGUUAGUUUACGACAAAAUAAACAAUUAACACCUAAAAAUUAUUUGGAUAUAAUAAAUGAUAAAGUUAUUUCGAUGGUCAGAAUAUUAAUUUACAACUUAAAAACGGGUCAAUGA